UUUACACAUUUUUUUAUUCCCAGAGCUGUUUGGCUGUUGCAAGGGAUCGGGUCUGGCUAGCAGGCAGAGAGCGAGCGAUCCCCUGAGCCGCUGGGGCAGCCCCGCAGGUAGGCACUGGCAGCCUGCUCCUGCCCUCGCAUCCCGUCCAGACCCCUGGGCUCAGCCAAGCCUGCAGCACAUCCCCCGACCAAACGCCCACCCCCGCCCUGUCUUUGCUAAUCGUACAUUUCCCCUCGUCUUGGCUGCCCCCCCUCGAAGCCUCGCUGGGGGGGAGGGGCAGACGCGCCGCCCACUUCCCCCGCUAUAAGAGGGCGAAGCUGAGCGCCGGCCAGGCAGUGGUUCCUCCUGUGGCACGAGGGAGACUUGAGUUUUUCCUGGGCUUUCUGCAAAACCUUCCUGCACAAACAUCACUUGUGGCGUUGGGCUCCGCGGCUGCCAGCAACUUUGCUCUCUGGGAUUAUCGACACCAGCAGGUCCCGGCCGCCGCGAUGAAGCUGCUCCACGUCGCGCUGCUCUACCUGGGCUCCGCCACCUUCCUGGGGGCCGAUGCCGCCAGCCUCGACGUCGCUUCAGCCUUCAGGAGAAAGUGGGCUCGCUGGGCGCUGUCGCGGGCCAAGCGAGACGUACCGGCUGCCCCCGCCCCGGCCGGUCCGGCCGCCGUGCAGCCCUUGGUGCGGCCCGAGGACGUGAAGGAGGAGGCCGGGCUGUGGCAUCUCAGCAGCAGCAGCAGCCGGGAGGCCGCCCACGUCCGCGUGAAGCGCUACCGCCACAGCCUCGGCAGCUUCCCGCACUUCCAAGCCAUGCGCAUGGGCUGCCGCUUCGGGACGUGCACGGUGCAGCAGCUGGCGCACCAGAUCUACCAGCUCACCGACAAGGAGAAGGACGGCGCGGCGCCCGCCAGCAAGAUCAGCCCGCCAGGCUACGGUGUGAUGUUUUUACUGGAUAUGGACAUGCCUCGGGCACAGACUGACUUCAACCAUCUGAAGAGGAGUGGAGAUGCAGCAGAACAGCACCAUUUGGCUUGCAUAAUUCCUUUUGCAAAUGAAGGAAUUUGUUUUUUCCGGGAAAAGUAA